ACGUUUCAGUAGAGGAGAUGCUGGAUCAUCAGCCAGUACAAGCACAGACUCAGUUGAUCCACAUCCAGCCUCAGCCAGUACCAACACAGACCCAGUACUGGCAGCGUCAGCCAGUACCAACACAGACCCAGUACUGGCAGCGUCAGCAAGUACCAACACAGACCCAGUACUGGCAGCGUCAGCAAGUACCAACACAGACCCAGUACUGGCAGCGUCAGCAAGUACCAACAGACACAGUACUGGCAGCGUCAGCAAGUACCAACACAGACACAGUACUGGCAGCGUCAGCAAGUACCAACACAGACACAGUACUGGCAGCGUCAGCAAGUACCAACACAGACACAGUACUGGCAGCGUCAGCAAGUACCAACACAGACACAGUACUGGCAGCGCCAGCAAGUACCGACACAGUACUGGCAGCGCCAGCAAGUACCAACACAGACCCAGUACUGGCAGUGCCAGCAAGUACCAACACAGACCCAGUACAGGCAGCGUCAGCAAGUACCAACACAGACCCAGUACAGGCAGCGUCAGCAAGUACCAACACAGACCCAAAUAUAAUAGUUUCUGCUCCACCAAAUUACCCAGCAGAUUGCCCCCCAGUCUUAACAUACUUUAUAAGGACCGAGUUAGUGCGCAGAGGUCCAUUUUUAAACCAGGCCUGGAUUUUUCUUACCCUAAAGACAAGUCUAGAAGAGACCCAGUACCCAUUCAGGCUUAUUACAGAGACCGCUGUCAAAUGGGGAAAAGAUUACCAGGAGCUGGCUUUCAUACCCAAUCAAAAACAACGCUGUGUUGUUUUUGUUAUAAGCUCAUCUACAGAAGACUACAAAAUAAUAAAGGAAUUCAUGAAUGACUGGUCAAUUGAUCUUAAGUUGGGGACAGACUCUUGACCAGAUACAAGUUACAAUUUUGGAGGCUGAAAGAAAGUGAUGGUGGGAUAUCCUUACACAUUUUAAUAAGAAUCACCCAGUCUCUUGCUGAAAGAAGCGAUAGCGGGAUAUCCUUACACGUUUUAAUAAGAAUCACCCAGUCUCUUGCUGAAAGAAAUCUAGCAAUCGGGUUCAUCAGACAAACUCUUUCAACCUGAUAAUGGUAACUUACUAAAAGAGGUUGAAUUACUGGCAAAAUUUGACCCCGUUAUGGAACAUCUCAGCAAAAUGAAAGAUUGAGACACCUGCUCAUUACCUUGGGAAGAGCACACACAAUGAGCUGAUACAGAUUGUGAGUGACAAGAUUCUGGAAGCAAUAGUGACUCGAGACUCAAAGUACUCCUCCAUGUAUCUUGGACUGUACACCUGACAAGUCACCAGGAGUAAAUAUCCAUUAUUCUGAGAAGCGUGGCUUUAAAGGGAAAGCCAGAGAUCAAGGCGUACUUCCUCGGCUUUGCGAAUGUUGAGGUUACAGCAGGCUUGAAUCUGUCCACUGUCAUCUUCGAUAAGCUGAACAAGCUGAAGAUUCCAUUUGAAGACUGCAGAGGGCAAGCUUAUGUUAAUGGGGCCAACAUGAAGGGCAAGCACCAAGGAGUACAAGCCAGACGGCUCAAAAAAAAAAUCCCAGAGCUGUGUUUGUCUCACGUGGAGCACAUACAGGUUUUUGGGGCAUUUGCAAAAGCUCUUCGCCUUCUUUUUAGCUGGUGCACAAAGAUGGAGGGUUUUCAAGAAACAUGUGAACAUAACUGUGAAGACAUGGAGUGACACAAGAUGGGAGAGUAGGUGUGAGAUACUGACAAUGGCAAACAAGGUGAACAGACUCCUCUAAAUGCAGUUGGAUAUCGCAGAGAAUUUCAUCACAAAUGCAAAGGCCUCCCUCACUACAUACCGGGAAACUGGAUUCUCGGCCCAGACAACAAAAAGCAUUUGAAUAAAUUAAUGUGGAGGCCGUUCUGAAAGAGACAAGACUGAGAAACAGCAAGGGACAUUUCAGCUAUGAGGCUCCUGAUGAACCAGUGACUGAUGUACUGAAAAACCUUGAAGUUCAACUACUUCAACAUUUUAGUCGACUCAUUGUAGUGACAUCCAUGGAUGAGAUAUUUGAAACACUCAAGCAAAUAAAGUGCCGCUGAACUUCAGCACUGCCUCUCAGAUGUCCAGUGAAUCUUUAAAGGCUCUCUGCAUGGAAAUGUAAAACUCUAGCAUUCAGAGAUGACUGUGACAUUCGUGGAAUGGAUCUGGCACAUAAGAUUCAGAUAAGAUGACUGCCUUUUGUGCUGCUUUCCUUUCUCUGUGGGGAAAAACCUGGAGGAAUUCUAUCCUAACCGUUGGAUAGCCCUAAGAGUUGCAGUCAUCCUACCAGUAACAUCGGCAGUGAGCUCAUCAAAAGCUACCUGAGGUCUUCCAUGUCACAGGAAGGUUGUGUCAGAGUGGUCUGGCCAUCAUGAGUAUAAAUCGUAGGGAAACAUGUCCUAUGAUGAUGACAUUGAUGAUUUUGCCUCAAAGUGCAGAAGAGGAAUAUUUUGAUGUGCUGAGUAUCCGAGGCAUUCAGGAUGAGGACCCCCCAGACCCCCAGAUCAUGCGCCUGGACAACAUGCUGCUGGCCGAGGGCGUGUCUGGCCCGGAGAAGGGCGGGGGCUCGGCUGCAGCAGCUGCGGCCGCAGCAGCAGCAGGAGGGUCACCCGGUGCCGACGGCGGCAUCGAACACUCAGACUACAGAGCCAAGCUGGCACAGAUCAGACAGAUCUACCACUCUGAGCUGGAGAAAUAUGAACAGGCGUGCAGUGAGUUCACCAACCACGUGAUGAACCUGCUGAGGGAGCAGAGUCGCACGCGGCCCAUCUCUCCCAAGGAGAUCGAGCGCAUGGUGGCCAUCAUCCACCGCAAGUUCAGCUCCAUCCAGAUGCAGCUCAAACAGAGCACCUGCGAGGCCGUCAUGAUUCUACGCUCCAGAUUCCUCGACGCCAGGCGUAAGAGGCGUAACUUCAACAAGCAGGCUACAGAGGUGCUGAACGAGUACUUCUACUCCCACCUGUCUAAUCCCUACCCCAGUGAGGAGGCCAAAGAAGAGCUGGCCAAGAAGUGUGCCAUCACGGUCUCACAGGUAUCUAAUUGGUUCGGCAACAAGAGAAUACGGUACAAGAAGAACAUUGGUAAGUUCCAGGAGGAAGCGAACCUCUACGCAGUUAAAACAGCGGUGGAUGCUGCCAGCGUGUCGGCGCAGGCUAGCCAGGCUAACUCUCCGGCGACGCCCAACUCAGGUGGAUACCCUGCACCGUGCUACACACCUGACGGCAGGCUAUGAGGAGUUGACCACUAGCUCACUCUACAUCCCACGCCGCCUCGACCCUAGCAACAGCUGGCAGGACAACACCCAACCCCCCUCCGUCACCUCUCUACCAGGUCCCCCUGGCAGCGUUCACUCUGACACAUCCAACUGAGACACCCCCCCCUGUUUCUUCCACCCCAGAGACAGCUUUCUUUUGGGGUCUGCUCUGACCACUACCCAUUUACCCCCCCUUUCACUCAGUCCGGACUGGGCAACUCAUGCCAGGCGCUGUACACACACUUCUGUGGACUGUUAAGAUGGACAAGUGAACAGAAGACAUUUACCUUCCUUCCAUCCUACAGAAAUUCUGGAGGCUCCUUUGUCUUCAUAAUGAAUUUUAGGGAGGAGACUGACUGGCGCCUGAUCAUGACAUCAUAACCCCUCGCCGCCUCCAGGACCUUUGGGGAACUACUAACCCAACCAACCUGGCUGUGUAGGGCAGGUGAUGAUCACUGAUGACUGACUCACCACUAGCAGGGUAUUGUUCAGUAGGGCGAAAACCUUUUUAAAACCGAGUGAUAUGGGGAGAUGCUACUGCCUGAACUUAGCCAAUAGGGAUACGUUUUUUUGGUCACAAACCGUUUUGCUACGUUGUGUGUACCUGUGUAUAUGUUCAUGUCAACUCGUGUUCACAGCCUGUCCAUUACCUGUCCCCUGUGAGGUUCUGGUGUUGAUGCAUGUGAUUGUGGUCACACACACACUAACGCCAGGCGCUGUGGCGAAAGGGAUCACAAGACGAGCUCUGCUCACCUUGCUUGUACCAAAGUGACGUCCUCUCUCAUUCCCCAAACCUGAUAAUUGUCACCCUCCUUCUAUUCCUCUGAGAACAAACUAGUAACACAGACACCUUCCAUCUUUUAGUAUGCUGAUGCUUUCAGUUUGGGGGGAAGAUUUUUAAGUGAGUGCUUUAUAGGUCAGAUAUGCACACACCACCCACCUUUUACAACCCCUCAUAUGGAACAUGGACACAGAUCUGUCAAGCACAAACUUUUGCACCUUUUUCCAGGUGCUUCAACCCGGUGACAGUAGUUCUGGGGAGUUGAGCAUACAGUAGGCUGGAGGACAGGACUGAAGAUGAAGGCAGUGGCGAAAUGAACGAUCCUCUUUAGUCCUCCAGAGGUCGUUUCUAUUGCGUCCCCCUUCGCUUAGUCAGCAAAAGCUAUAGACUCUUUGUAGAUGUUAUUUUCCUCUGUCUGUCAACUACUUUUAGUUGAUUGUAGCUCUUCUUUUUUUUCGCCUAACGUUGUUUCACAAAGAUAUGCACCAGCCACCAAAUAAACACAUUUUGUUGAUAGAACCUAAAUGUGGUGUUGGGACGGUGAAAUGGAUGGGAUGAAAUAUGUUUUGGGGCAGAGAUAGCUAUGUCAUUG